AGAUUUUUAUAUAUAUAUAUAAUUUUCUGUAUCGUGGCAUGGCGUUGCACCGACCAUUAAUUGCCGCGUCCACAUGUGGGCCCCACUAGCCUAAUCCAUUAUCCUUGCGAUUAAGUAAUGAAUCAUCAAUCCUUUCUCUAUAAAUAGGCCAACCCAAUUUCAGUUCCACUCAUCAAUUGACUACCUCCACCAAAACAAAUCAAAACAAAACAAAGAGAGUUAAGUUCUAGAAAAUGGCAGGCAUCAUCCACAAGAUCGAAGAGAAGCUGGGUAUGGGAGGCAAGAAGGAAGAUGAGAAGCACGACGAGGUGAAGAAGACCGAACACGCCUACGGAUCUGGAGAUCUCCACAAGCAGCCCGAACAUGGCUACGGAUCUGGAGAUCACAACAAGCAGCCCGAGCACGGAUCUGAAUAUCACCACAAGCAGCCGGCAACCGAGCACGAGGCAGGCCUCGUAGAUAAGAUCAAAGAUAAGAUCCACGGCGGCGAAGCCGACGACAGCAAGAAGAAGAAGAAGGACAAGAAGGACAAGAAGAAACACGACGACGGCCACGGUCAUGACAGCAGCAGCAGCGACAGCGAUUGAUUUCGCUUUUCCGCAUGACUUGUGAGAUGUGCAAAUAUGGGAAUAAAAUAAAAAGAGAAAGGGGGAGAAAGAGAGAUGAUGUUUCUGUGAGAGAGUGCAUAUCUCUGCUUUGUCCUGUAUGUGAAGUUGGAUGCUAUUAUUAUUGUAUUUCGAUUAUUGUAAUUCUCCAUGUUGCUUCUCCGAGUGUAUGUAAUCUUUGCUGUACUUAUUUUAAAGGGGAUUUCUUCCCCAAAUUUACUCA